CGAUGACGACGCAGACCACGAAGACGGCUUGCUUUCCAUUUGAAUUCUGAUUACUCCUCCUGGACGGCAGUCCUUUCCCAGUCGUCGGAUCUCCAUGGUCGGUGCUCCCAUGCAAAUAAAUUGUGCGUUCCUUCACCGAUACACGUUGUCUCGAUACGACCGUGUUAAGAUUCAGUAAUUCUCGCGAACUUCCCUCGACAUCCGCCUAAUGUACAACCCCGAUAUUCGACAAACAUAGUGUGCCCAUUCGCGCAAAGCUGAUCAUCAUUUACACGAAAUUUUAAUCCAAUUGUAUCCAAGUGUGAAUCAAAAUCUAUCCAAAAGAUGAAGUACAAAAAGAUUUCGUCAUGCCACCGGCCCUGGUUAUCACUGUUAUUACUGACAAUGUGUUGUGCAUGGAUCCAAGCAACCCCAGAAGCCUGGAAAACGAUGAAGGAGACGCUACCAGCGUACGCAAUCACCGAUUUUAUCGACCAUCUAAAUUCGACCAAAUGUCAAAGAGAUAUGAAAAUGUUUCGUGAUGCGGUGGAUCACAAAAUAUUAUGGGGUUUGAGAACGUUGGACGCCAGCGGGGAGCCAAACUCAGGUUUCACCAGUGGGAACAAUUUUUGGACAGGAAAUCGUUUUGAUUGCAUUCAUCUUAGUUCGAACUCUACGAUACAACUGUUGCCGAAACAUGAACAGAACAAUUCUUUGUAUCGGAACCCAAACGAGGAGUUUCCACCAUUUGAGCUUAACUUCUUUUCCGCCUACCUGCGACAUUACAGUACUACACAAUAUCAUGUAUAUAUAGCGGACGAAAGCAUAAUAAUUCUUGGUCUCUGCCUACCAAAAUCGUGUACCAAAGAUGAAGUCACAGUGAUGGUGGAUAAAAUGUUGCGCAAUGAAACUCUUUUUAUUGCCAAGCUUUACUCUAUGCACUUGAAAGUGAUCGAAGUCUCUAAUUUACAGAACAAUUAUAAAUGGCUCCACAAUCCGGAGAUAAUAAUAUGCAUAUUAAUUUUGUCACUGGCACUCGGUUUGGUGAUAUUAGGCACGCUGUACGAUGUUAUUGUCUAUCAAAAGCGUUUGCGUAAGAAAACGGAGUUCCUUACUUUUGAGAAUAACAACACGACGGAACUGAAAAACGACAUGGAAGAGAAAUGCGAGAACAAUCAUGAUGAAGCAGCCCUUGCGACGAUAAAACCAAAAAAUAAAUUCGGGAAAUAUCUUAUCUGCUUCUCCUGUUAUUCGAACUUGCAGCAUAUAUUUAGAAUAGACUCGAAUUCAGAAAGUAUAGAUAUGUUUCAUGGCAUGAGAUUCAUGGGAAUGGCAUGGAUUAUCAUAGGGCAUACAUUCUUCUAUGGGACCCAUAAUAUAGGCAACAAAUACGCUGGCUCAAUACUAUCGGAAAAAUUUUACAUGCAAGUCUUAACCAAUGGAACAUUUUCCGUGGAUACCUAUUUCUUUAUCAGUGGCUUUUUACUAUCGUACGUAUUUCUGAAGAUAGAACAGAAACAAAAGUCAGCCAUGCACCUAAAAGCAAAAGUGGCGCAAUUUUUCUCACUUAUAGUAAAACGAUACGUAAGGCUUACACCCGCUCUCCUCCUCACGAUGGUGCUCGCGAUAUUGAAUUUUGCAUGGUACAACAAAGUAUCCAUAUUUAUUGCCAUAGAGAAACCAGAAGCUGUAUGCAGAAAAUAUUGGUGGAGGAAUUUACUUUACAUCAACAAUUUGUUCGCCUGGAAUGAAAUGUGUCUUUCCUGGACUUGGUACUUAGCAAAUGAUAUGCAGUACUUCAUUUUUGGCUCGUUCCUUCUACUAUUAUCGCUCUCACACUACAAAACUGCUGUCGGUAUAAGCAUUACUAUAAUAUUUGGAUCGAUAUUGUUUACUGCUUACACUACAUAUGAACUUUCUUACAUUCCUACACUCGACGGACAAUAUGAAGUAUUGGGCAACAUUUACCAAAGACCGUGGUAUAGAAUUCCACCAUAUCUAAUAGGUGUCGCCACAUCCCAGCUUCUUUCCAAAUGGAAUUACAAAUUACAUUUAUCGAAGAAAAUGUUAAUCACUUGUUGGAGCUUAGGAGUUAUCUGUAAUUGUUCGAUUCUCUUUGGUAUAGUCAACAAAAAUAUAUCCAUAAAUACAUCCAUGCUUUACACUUCCUUAAGCAGAACCUGCUGGGCUUUUGGUAUAAGUUGGCUUGUAAUUGCCUGCUGCACAAAUAAUGGCGGUAUAGUGAACAAAAUUUUAUCAUACAGCGGCUGGAUUCCUUUGAGUAAAUUAACGUAUUGCACUUAUCUUCUAAAUCCUAUAAUUGUACUUUCGUUUUAUUCAUUCAAUAAUUAUACUAUCUUCAUUGAUGUAUUAUCAUCGAUAUUUAUGUUCCUUGGAACAAUUAUAAUUUGCUAUAUUUCUGCUAUUUUGUUAUCCUUAAUAUCAGAGGUGCCAUUUAUAACGCUUCAACGACUGAUCAUUUCCCCACGAAGAAGAACGAAAUGAUGUUAUUUAAUGGUUCUUACUACCUGGGAAGGAGGAUCAAUCUAUAGAAUCAUUUGCGCAAAAAUUGUAAACCUU